AUGCCAUCUCCAAAAAUUGAGUACGACUCUGCAUACUUACACACUGUUACUGAGUGUGAAAACAAUUAUCUGAAGCUUCUUGAACAAUCUCCGAAUUAUGCAAACUUCGCAGAUAGCAAAUCAAAGGUUGUUUUGAGGUAUCAAAAAUUUGAAGCCGAGAGACUUGAAAAGGUGACAAGUGAAGUUAGUGAACAAUACGAGUCUCAUGUUUAUGACGCAAUUGAACAUUUCUUUAUAACAAUUUCUGGUGCAUCGACUAAUGCAUUAUUUACUAACAAUAGUGUAAUAAUUGCUAAUGUCUUGUAUACUAUUUCAAUUUACGUUGCUUCAUUUUAUAAGCUCGUCAAAACACGAAGAGGGUGUUAUACGGAGACAAUCAAUGUACUCUCCAAAUUUUUAAGUUACUGUACAAACACAGUGACUGCAACUAAAUCGUCAAUUGAAAUAUUGGGAAUGACCAUCGACACAUCAAACUUGGACAGACUCUUGAAAUCAAUUGAGACAGAAUUGGACAGUGAAGUCAAAAAAUACGUCUUGACUUUCCAAGACACGUUGAAAGAGGCCGUUUCUCUUUUCGAAAAGGUGAAUUACAAUAUCAGACAAAAUGACGAACAAAAUGAAACGAAUAAUGUCUACCAAAUUGAACUCUUCUCUAAUUCCCUUGUCGAGACACUUUCCUCUAAAACUAAAGACUUGGACAAAGCGACUGAAAGA